AUGGUAGAUGCACAAAAGUAUUUGGAUAGGAAUUAUCCUACAGAAACUAGAAAAAACUUAAAAAUACUUGAUAUAAGAGGAUUAGAAUUGGAAAAAGGAUUAAAACUAGAGGGAUUUAUUAAUCUAGAAAAAUUGAAUUGUUCUAAUAAUAAGAUUAGUGAACUUAGUAUUAGUAAUUGUUCUAAUUUAAAAGAAAUCAAUUGUAGUUUAAAUGAGUUAACCAAACUAAAAAUAGAUAAUUGCGAUAGUCUAACUAGACUUGCUUGUUCGUGCAAUGAAUUGGAUAGUAUAAGUUUUUUAACUGACCUAUCAAAAAUAACCAAGGAAAAAUUAACUCAUCUGGAUGUUUCGGAUAAUAAUAUCUCUAAGUAUGAUAAAAAGGUUCUUAAUACUAAACUGAACAAAAGGCCUCAAGAUUUAGAUUUUUUAGCAGAAUUUAUUAAUUUAGAAUAUCUCUAUUUGGAAAAUGAACCCUUGAUAAAGUUGAAUAAAUUGAAAAAUCUAGAUGUUUCUAAUAAUUUUGGUAUUUAUGGUUCUUUAGAAUACUUAAAAGAAGCAAAUGAUUUGAAGCAACUGAAUAUUAAAGGGACUGAUUUAGAGCAAGAAGCAUUAUCAAAAGACCUAAAGUUAAUAGAAGUGAGGGAUGGAUCUUACGAAACUCAAAUUCAAAAAAACGAUAUUAAAAACAUUCUCCUAAUUGGUAGAACAAGCAGCGGUAGUUCCACUUUAGUUAAUGUAAUUAGUGGAACUGAUAAGUUUAAGGAAGGUCAUAGUGCUAUUAGCGAAACUAGAGAUAUCCAAACAGAGGAGUUUGAGUAUGAAGGAAUUAAAUAUCGAAUAAUUGACACUCCUGGUUUUGACCAUACCUUAUUACCUAUUGAAGAAAUAUUAAACAAAAUAAUCGAGGCAGUUUAUUCAAUAAAAGAUGGUAUAAGUCAAAUUCUUUUUGUUUUCGGGGGGAAAAUUACUGAAAAAGAAGUAACUAUUUUUCAUUCACUAAAAGAAGUUUUUGGCGAAGGCAUUACUAAGUAUAUUACCAUAGUUCGCACUAACUUUCCUAAUUUUAUAAAUGAAGAAGCUUGCAGAGUUGUUCAUGUGGAUAACCCUACCUUAGAUGUUGAUGAUGAGGAUAAAUUUAAUAUAAAUAAAAAGAAAAGGGAGAAAUCAAGAAAAAUAUUACUAAACAACUUACAAAAUAUUCAAAAAAAAGAAAACUAUAAACUUCCGAAAAAUAAGUUUAAAGAAAUAGAAAAAAUAAUUGAAGAAAAAAAGCAUGAACUAGAAGAAAUGAAAAAGGAGUUUGUUAAAAAUUCAACUAAACGACAGGAUGAUAAUGAAUUUAAAUUUGUAGGAGAAAAGGCAAAGAACGAAAAACAAGAAAAAAUUGCUUUACUAGAAGUUAGAGGAGAAACUAUUAAAAAGCAAAGAGUUCAGUUGAUAGAAAUAGAAGAUGAUGAAAGCAGGGAAGAAAGAAGCACAGAAGAAAUAAAUAAAUUAAAAAAACAAUUAGUUGAAAAAGAUGAAGAAUUAGAGGAGUUACGCCAACAGUCUUUGACAGAAAAACUAAAUAGAAAGAAAAGCGAAUUAGAAGAUUCACUUAACGAGAUGAAAAAAAAGUUAGGGUUGAGCGAUGAUUUGGGAGUUAUACUAGAAAUGCUACUAAAGAUUCAAGCUAAUAUUGUUAGACUAGAAAGUGAUACUUUGGUUGAAAAAAGUUUUGAAGAUUUAGCAAAUAUUCUUGGGAAAAAAUUAAAUGAAGAGCAAAAGGAAAUGUUAGAAAAUAUCUGCCAGCAGCAAAAGAAAAUUAUUCAGUUGGAAGAAGUUAUCAAACUGCCAGAAAUUUUGCAGGAACAAAAAGACAUUGAGGCAUCUAACGCGAAAAAUCAAGCAAAAAAUCAAGAAAAAGAAACUGAAACUUCCCAAUCUUCUUCCUCAAAAAGUAAUCAAUUAGGUGAAUUAUCAAAAGAAGAACUAAAAGGACUGACUAUAUUGUGGGAACAAAUCGAACAAAAUUAUAUAGAGAUGAAAAUCAAAGAGGAAGAAGAAAAAUUAGUGAAUGAUAAAAUAAGGUGUUUGGAACGUAUUGAUGAAGAGAAUAGGGGUAAAAAAAUUGUUGAAGAGGUGGUAGAAGCAAUAAAAUCUGAUAUGAGAAGUUGGGCAGAAGGUGUAAUUAGCGAAAGCAAAAAAAAAACCUUUGGUAGUUCUUUGCUUUCUAAAAUAAAAAAACAUCAGGGUUAUGACCUUGACAAGCAGACGAGCAAGGUUUCAAACAUGUUUAAGGUAAAAAAAGUGAAAAUAGAAAAAAUUUAUUCUGAAGAACUUGAAAUAUUGAAAAGUUUUGAACAAGAAUUUCGCAAAAAAAUAGUAAUUGAGAGAUUUGAUUGUAUUGAAGCGAACUUUAAAGAAGUUUUAUCCUCGCUGGAAUUAAACAUAAAAAUACAAAAAUUAGAAGAUUAUUGUCAAACAAUUAAAAAAGAAAAAAUACGAAGAGAAAUAUUUAUAAUUGAAGAAGUAAUUCAUUCAUUAUCAAAAGAAUUAGAAGAAAACAAGGAAGAUAAAAAUAAAUUAUUAGAAUGGCUAAAAAACGAACUUAAGCCUUUAAAAAUAAUUGAGUUCAAAGAAUCACAAAAAGAAUUUAUAGCUAUGCAAAAAAUAAGUAAGGGAAUCAGUAACAUAUCCUCAUCUCUUAAUCCUACUCAAAAGUUGGGAAUCAAUCUUGUUAAGGCUGCAAUGGAUGCAGUUGAACUCUUAAAGGGAAUCUCAGAAGUAGAAUUUCAUAUUAAAAGUGUAGAGAAAGUUCAAAAGAUAAUAAAAAAUGAUGAGGAAAAAACAAAUCAAUUUAAUGAAACCUGUAAUUCUAUAACUAGUCAUUAUACUGAAACAUUUAGAGAAGGAAUAGAAAACAAUUAUUUUGAUAACACAAAAAUCAAGGAAAUUAUUAAUUCUCUUGUUGCAAGUUUUCGGGAAUUUGAUGAAGAAUAUCAAGGUUAUCAACAAUUAGAAAAUAAAAUUGAAACUCUUCCUAGACCUACUGCUAGAGAAGAAAGUCGAAUAGUAGAGGGUUGUUUUGAUGAAACUGGAAUUACUGAAUUAUUUGAACAAACCUCCGAACAAGAAAUUAAUGAUUUAACCGAAGACCUCGAAAGUUAUAGGAUAGUUACAAGUAAAAACAUUCAAAUCUAUAAAAUCAUAGGUAAAGAGUCUAGUUCUUAUAACUCUAUUGAAUUUACUUUACAUAAAGAUAUUCCUUACUUACAAAAAACUACUGCUAAUAAACUCUUCUUAGCCAAUCAACCUCCUUUUAGCAACUAUAAAGUUGGAGACUACUUAGGAAUAGAUAUAGACAAAACUAGUUUAAGAUUUCCUAAUGUUGAACGAGGGAAAAUUUAUAACGAUAGUGCAGUAGUUGCUAGAGUGGUGAAGGAUGAGAAUAAAAUUCCUUCUAAUCAUAAGAAAGUUUAUAAUAGUGAAGACAAAAAAUUAGAGGGAGACUUAGACUUAAGAGAAUUUUCUCAACUAGAAAAGUUGGACUGUUCUAAUAAUAAAAUUACUUCUUUAAAUAUUAGUAAAUGUUCAAAAUUAAGAGAAAUGGACUGUUCUAAUAAUAAUUUGAGGAAGUUAGAUUUAAAUAAUUGUCAGGAACUUACUAUUCUUAAUUGCAUAAAUAAUAGGUUUAUUUCUUUAGAUUUGGAAGGAUGCAAGGGACUUGUUAGGCUGGAAUGUUCCCAAGAAUGGUUGAACGAUAGCUACCCAAAGGAAAGUAGAAGUUUAAUAAAGAAUUUAUACAUUAGUAAUAAAAAUUUAGAAGAUUCCUUAAAUCUAAAAGAUUUUUGUAAUUUGGAGAAGUUGGAUUGUUCCUACAAUCAACUAGUUAAUUUGAAUUUAACUGGCCUGGCUCGUCUAGAAAAAAUUAAUUUCGGUAAUUACGAUAGGGAAAGGAUCAAAAAGGCAGUGUAUAACCGCUUUUGUGGUUCUCCAAAAUGUUUAGAUGGCUUGACUAAACUUGAAAGGUUUCAGAUUCAAAAUACUGAUGUUGAGAAUGCUGAUGAUGUUUAUCUUCCUGCUAAAUUUAGCAGGAGGGGUUUGGGAGGUGACCUGACCAUUGAGAACUUUACUAAUUUAGAAAAGAUAGAUUGCUUUAAAAAUCAACUUAGUAGUGUGACACUAAAUAAUUUACCUAAACUUACUCACUUUGAUGCCUCAUCUAAUAAACUCGUUAAUUUCACUAUCAGUGAUUGUCCAAAAAUUACUCAUCUCCGGGUUCACGAUAAUUUUCUUACUAGUUUAGAUUUUCUUAGUUCUUUAAACAAUGUUGAGUUGGUUAGGCUACAUCUCGAUAACAACAAUUUCCCUUCUCAGGACAUAAAUAUUUUCGACAAGUUUAGAAAUCUGGAGAUACUAAGAAUAACAAAUAAUCGUUUUUGCGGAAGUGCACAAAGUUUAAGAAAUUUGAAUAAAUUAGUAAGUUUAGCUGUCGCUAACACAGACAUAAAAGAAGGCUUUGAAUACUUGCCAAAGAAAUCUCAACCUUACUUCCAAUGGUUAAAAAAAGAAAUAGAAAAACUUAAUCCUAAUUUAGAUAUCUAUGACUUCUUGAAAAAUGUUUUCUUUAAUGUUAGAACUGGUGAAUUUGUUGGUAAUUUUCAAGCCAUGAAAUCAUUGCUGGAAAUAAAUAAAGCAAUCAUUGAAGAAAAAAAACUUAGAAUUAGUUUUCUAGAGUUGCAAAUUCAAGAACUAACUAACUUAAUUAAAAACCAAAAAGAGAAAAUAGUUAAUGCUUACUUAUACUUUGCCUCCGAAAAAGAAUUAUUAGGAGAGUUAAUUAAAGCACACCUAGAAUUUACCAAACUCAAAAAACAAAAAUCUGAUUCUAAUGAUUAUGGCGAUCAAUGUGAAGAAUAUGAAGAAAAAUGUCAAGAAAUUAAAAGGAAAUUGCGAAAAAAGUUAACUAAGGAAGAAAAGGGCGAGAUGGAACGCAUAUUAAGCGAUUGUGAGGAAUUAGUAACCUGA